AUGGGCGCCUCGAGCAGCAGCACCGCCGCCGCGCCGGAGCGCAAGGACUCGGAGGAUGAGCUGGUGCUGAACGACCUCCACAUCGAGACGGGCGACCAGAACGCCGUCAAGAACCUCCUGGACGACACCGUCGUCGAGUUCUUCAAGGGGAAGGAGGACUUUAAGCUGCACUACGGCUGGGACAACGCCAAGCUGCUGCUCAUGCUGCUGGCCACGGUCAUCGCGGCCGUGUCGCACUUCUACCAGCACCCGGCCAUCCCCGAGCACGUCCUCAUCUACUCCUGCGUCGCCGGGUGA